AUGGGAUCAUUUUGUUCUUGCUUACGAGAAUACAAACUCAACGACCAACAAAUGUUCAUCCAGAAGGAAACUUCUAAUCUCAGAGCCCAGCUAUUUCAAACUCCACUCGUAUUGACAUCAGAGAAUUCUUACGAUCCUUUUGAUACCUCAAAUUUAGUUACAUUGCAAUCUAUAUGUCGUGGAUUUAUUGAUAGAAAAAAUACUUUGACCCUCAUGAACAAUAAAGUGCGUGAGGUCAAAAUUGAGUCUGGCCACUUAUCAGUCCCAAGGACAAGCAUUAAAGAAAUUGAAGGAGAAAUCCCGAACUAUUUAAACGAGACCACAGCAGGCAUAAUUAAGCGACUAGAACCCUUUUUCUAUGAUAUUAAUGAUGCAGACAGCCGAAAUGUGAAGCAUGGCCCUGUUAAAAUGGAAACUGGAGCUAUUUAUAUAGGAGAAUGGAAUGAUAAGCUAGAAAGAAAUGGACGAGGAGUCCAGUAUUGAGCUGAUGGUUCAAAAUAUGAAGGAUACUGAAAAAAUGACCGAGCAAAUGGCAGAGGAAGGCUGGUGCAUGGAGAUGGAGACAUUUAUGACGGAGAAUGAGUCAGCGAUAAAGCUCAUGGAUACGGAGUUUACAUCCAUUCUGAUGGAGCUCAAUAUGAUGGGUUUUGACAGGACGACAAACAGCAUGGCCAUGGCGUCGAAAAAUGGCCUGAUGGCUCCUUAUAUGAAGGAAGCUAUCAUCAAGGCAAAAAGCAUGGGACAGGGACUUUUAUAUGAGCCGAUAAAAGUAAAUAUGAAGGUGAAUUCCGAGAUAACAGCUUAGAGGGAAAAGGAGCUUAUAUAUGAAGCGAUAAAAGGAGAUAUGAAGGAGAAUGAAAAAAUAGCAAAAUGAACGGAAAAGGCAUUUUUAUUUGACCUGAUGGCAGAAGAUACAUAGGAGAAUAUUUAAACGACAAAAAGCACGGACAAGGAGUCUUUAUAUGACCUGAUGGGAAAAAAUAUGAAGGAGCUUGGAAAAAAGGGAAGCAGCAUGGACAUGGAGUGUUUUUUACAGCUAAAGGAGAAAAAAUAGAAGGGGAAUGGAAAGAAGGUAAAAGAAUUGAUAAAAUGUAA